GAUGACGUUAGCCAAACAACACAGUUAACAGCCCGCUUUACAGAAAAUAAAGGACCAGCUUUCGAAACAAAAACAAUAAAGACACGAUACCCAUAACAGUCAUGUCUGUGAAUUAUUCUGCUGGGCUGUCACCGUACGAGGACAAAGGUGUCUGCGGACUUCCCGAGGUGUUUGAUAGUCCCGAGGAGCUGAAGGCUAAGGUGGAGACCCUCGCCCAGUUGAUUAAAGAAUCUCAGUACUUGGUCGUCCACUCUGGAGCAGGAAUCAGCACCUCAGCAGGAAUUCCCGACUUCAGGGGUCCAAAAGGGGUGUGGACGUUGGGAAAAGGGGAGUCACCUCACUUUGAUACCACAUUUGAAGAUGCCCGACCCAGCUUGACUCACAUGGCCCUCCUUGGACUGCAGAGGGCCGGAUACCUCAAGUAUCUCAUCAGCCAGAAUGUGGACGGUCUGCAUGUCCGAUCAGGUUUCCCCAGGGAUUUGUUAUCAGAGCUUCAUGGAAACAUGUUUGUGGAGGAGUGUGAGAAGUGUGGAAGGCAGUACGUCAGAGAAAAGGUGAUUGGUGUGAUGGGGCUGAAAGCGACAGGACGUUACUGUGAUGUGGUUCGCUCCAGAGGACUCAGAGCCUGCAGAGGGAAACUUAUCAGCACGAUACUGGACUGGGAGGAUGCUCUUCCUGACAGAGACCUGAACAAAGCAGACGAUGCCAGCAGACGCGCAGACCUGGCACUGACGCUUGGCACAUCGAUGCAGAUCAAGCCCAGUGGAGACCUUCCACUCCUCACCAAGCGGAAAGGGGGGAAAGUGGUCAUUGUCAACCUGCAGCCUACCAAGCACGACAAGCAUGCGUACCUGCGUAUCCACGGUUACGUGGACGAGGUCAUGAAACAACUGAUGGAGCUGCUGGGAUUGGACAUCCCAAAGUGGGAGGGGCCGACUAUCUGCGAGAGCUCCACAGCCACCUCUGAGUCCACCACCGAUGUCAAACCACCACGUGCAGUUACUGCAAGGGAGAGGGUGAAAAAGGACCCUGUUAAGGAGGAGAGGAAAAGAGAAGCAACACAGCUAACGGAUGAUUGGAGCGUUAAGGAGGAGACGGUUUCAGUAAAGAGAGAGAGAGCAGACUCCCCAGUGGUGAUAAAUGAAGAGAAAUAGCCUCAGGAAAUCAGUGAUCGUCCUCGGUGCCUGUGAUCCUGGUGGUGAGAGGACUGGAAGUCAUCUGUGGGGAAGUCUUUCCAGGUCCAGAGCUUCUCCGUCAGGCUGUACAAGGCCUCAAAGCUCCUGGAGACAGAAGGGAGAAGAGGAGGAGGGACAUCUCGCAGUGCAUCCAUCGACUGCAGGGAGCGGGACGGCGCUGAUGGGCAGAGGUGUGGAGGAGAGACGUUUGACAACAGCAGGUCCUUCACUGUGGGCGUCUGACUGGAUGACAGAGGGGAGCUUUGGCUCAUAUUGAGCUGAUUCUCCAGAGGUGGAGGCUGAGGGAACGCUGUUGCGUCAAAGACUGGAAAAGCUGUGCAGGAGGAUGGAUGAGGGUUCUCUGUGGGAUCUGUUAGGGGGUCCUCGUUGAUGCCGCUGUCUGUGGUGCAGGGGG